AUGAUUAUAGUGAUAAAAUAAACCAUAGUGUUUGAAUAAUUUAAUUACUGAUCAAAAUUUUAAUGGAUAAUCAAUUAGCUUAGAGUUCGUUUUUAUUGUUUGAUUUUACUCUUUUUUUGUUUUUUGAUUUUUAUUCCUCGCUAAGAUGGUCCAAGAAUACCAAUCGCCGGUGCGAGUUUACAAGUAUCCAUUUGAAAUCGUAAUGGCUGCUUAUGAAAGACGAUUUCCGACAUCUCCGUUAAUCCCGGUCUUCGUUGGAAGUGAAGUAACAGCCGACACCACAACAAAUGAUGGUUCAAUCAGAACCACUGAAAGAAGAUGUAAACUUGUUGUUGAAGCUCCAUAUUUAUUAAAAAAGAUUAUUGGUGUAGAUUAUGUAUAUUUUAUUCAAAAAAAUAUACUAGAUUUGAGAGAACGUUGUUUAAAUAUUGAAGCAACAAAUGAGACAUUUUCAACGCGUGUAAAUGUAUUAGAAAAAUGUCGUUACUAUGUUCAUCCGGAAAAUUCAGAAUGGACAUGUUAUGAACAGAGUGCAUUAUUAGAUAUAAAAUAUUUUUUGGGUUUUGAGUCAACCAUGGAAAAACUUGGUAUGAAGCAAUACAUUCAGAAUAUUUCUAAGGGUAAAGAAAUAAUAGAAUUUUAUGUUGAUGAAUUAAAAAAAGAUGGAAUAAUUAAUAUUCCUCGUUGGAUACCUACUGGAGGUGAUCAAACUUGUGACUUGAAUAACCCAGAAGAAAGUCCAAUUGGUCUUAGCAAAGAUAGUCCAACAACUGCUGAUUCUCAGUCAAAAAUAUGGUUAGAAGAUGAGUAUAUUAAAAGAUACAUUGGAGAAUUGACACCAUUACAAGAAUCAAAAUUAGUGCAAUUCAAGAAACAAUUGUCUCAACUACAAAAAUCUAAGUUACCAAGUGAUACUACUUUAUUGCGGUUUUUGAGAGCUACUGAUUUCAACAUUGAAAAAGCUAGAGAAAAUUUAUCUCAAUCUCUGAUAUGGCGAAAAAAACAUAACAUUGACAAUAUAUUAUCAGAGCACGAGUUUCCUGAAGCAAUUAAAAAAUAUUUUCCUUGUGGUUGGCACAGUCAUGACAAAGAGGGACGUCCUUUGUAUAUAUUACGUUUAGGUCAAAUGGAUGUGAAAGGUCUUCUUAAAUCAGUUGGUGAAGAUUGUCUUCUUAAACAAGCUAUGCAUGUUUGUGAAGAAGGUUUAAAAUUAACAAAAGAAGCCACUCAUACAUCUGGUAAACCAAUAACAACUUGGGGUUUAUUGGUUGAUUUAGAAGGGCUAAAUAUGAGGCAUUUAUGGAGACCUGGAGUAGGUGCAUUGCUUAGAAUUAUUGAAAUUGUAGAAUCUAAUUAUCCAGAGACACUUGGGCAAGUACUUAUAAUUCGUGCACCUAGAGUAUUUCCAGUUUUGUGGACCUUAGUGAGCACAUUUAUCAAUGAGACAACACGUCAAAAGUUCCUAUUUUAUGGAGGUAAUGAUUAUCAAUCAUCUGGUGGUCUUAGCGAAUUUCUUACGGAAGAUGAUGUGCCUGAUUUUCUUGGAGGUCCUUGUAAAGUUAAAAUUCCUGAAGGCGGUUUUGUGCCUAAAAAUUUAUAUCUAAAAGAAGGAGAGUUAGAAAAAGAAGCAUGUACAAUUACUGAAGAUAGUAUAUAUCAAUCUGUUACACUAACCAAAGGACAGGCUCAUGAAGUUUUUAUUGAUGUCGAGGAAUCUAGUUCAGUAAUAACAUGGGAUUUUGAUGUAAUGAGACAAGAUAUUAAUUUUAAUGUAUUAAGAUUAUUAAUUGAAAUUCAGCCAUCAACUCUUCUCAGCUGUGCCAGAGGUAAUCUAAAUGUUAUAGAAAAGGGCUGGAAAGAAGGAGAACAUUAUGAAAAAGUAGAACAGACUAUAUUAUGUCAUGAUGGUGAGAGUGUUCAAGGAUCUCAUCUUACUACUAAAAGUGGAACAUAUGUGUUACAAUGGUAUUGGUCGUCAGAUAGCUUAAUAAUUAGCUCAGGACAUCAUACUAAAGCCAAAAUCAUGUAUUACUAUGAAAUGUUAAAAUCUGCUGAUUAUCGGGGUUCAAUGUCAAGUUUGAUGUCAGCCAAUAGUAAAUUUUCUUGUCUUAGUAACAGAUAAUUAACUUAUCAUGUAUUUUUUUUAACAUACAGUUUUAAUCGUUAUGCCUAUAUUAAGGACCAUACUUUAAUAAAAGAUACAUUUAAUAGUAUGUUUGGUGGGUAGAAAAUUAAUGAACAUCCUCUUAUUGUCGUUUGAUAUUUAAUUUUGAGUUAUAUUCUUUAUUACUUUUGCCAAGCUAUUAUGAAUUCAUAAAUUCAAUUUUUAACCUGUAAAUAGUUGAAGUUAAAAUUAUAAAUCAUUAGUAAAGUUUAGAAAUAUUCAAGUAACUAAAUAAAUAAUUUUAAAUAUAAAUAUAAUUUUUCGUAACUCAUUAAAAUCUAUUGGAUUUAUUAAACGAAAUAUAUGUCUUUUUCGAGCAUGGUCCUUUUGAUAUUUUAAUUUCCUAUUAUAAUCUCUAGAUUCAUAUUUAAUUAUGUAAUUAUUUGUUAAUUCAUCACAUAGUAUAUGUUAAGUUUAAAUUUUGUUAUUUUUUAGUAAUUUUUUUUUUUUUGUAAUGUAAUGUAAUGAUCUGAUAAUUGUUUGGACUUUUAAUGUAAACUAUCUUUAUGUUUCCUAGUUUAUCAACUUACUUUCAGUUGACAGUUUUAGUUAAUUUAUCUUCUAUUUUAAUCAUUAUUUGUUAUUAUUAUUUUUAUUAAUUAUUAUUAUUAUUUUUUUUUGUAUCUGUGAUCAAAACAUGUUUUAUCUGUUUCAAUUAAAUAAAAAUAAUAAAUUAUUUAGGUUAUGUAAUUAUUGUACACACCAUUAUUUAACUAAAUAAAUUUUAGAUAAAAUAAUGUUUUCACUUUAAUGAUGUAACUUAUGUCAAUUGAAUUUUUAUGUGUCUUAAUGGUACAAAAUUAAUAUAUCUAAUAAUAAUGUUAUUGGAUUUUAUGUCAGCAGUAUUUGUGUUUAUUUAAUAUAUAAAUAAAAUAUGUUGCAUAGAUGAUAUAUAAUGAAUUUCCACAAUUUAUAUUUUUAAAUCUCAUGACAGACAUAAAGUAGUUAAUCCUAACUUUGCAUUUAUGAAAUAUUAGUUCUUUUAUAAUUUAUCUAUAAUAUAUUCAGAUACUAAAUUAAAGCUGCAUAUUUUAUUUAUUAAUGACUUAUUGAUUACAGACCAUUAUUACUUAUGCUUAUGUCCUAAUGUCUUAUUGUAACUUUAACUAUGAUGUAUAUUAUCAAUUAACAUGUUAUGUUCUAUAUUAAUUUAUUGAAGAUUUAAAUGAAAUGUUAAUUUCUUUAGUUUAAAAUGUUUAAAUUGAUUGUAUGUAAAUUUUUAACUUUGGAAAGUAGGUACAUUAAUAAUAUACAUUUUUGCCCUAAACUGAUUAACUUAAAACCAUAAUAUUAUUUUUUAUUUAUAAAAUACCAGUGCUCAAGUAAAAAUAUUUCUAUUACCUUUUUGAAUAAUUUAUUAAAACCCAAUGCUUUUACCUUAGUGUACAAAAACUGUAUACAUUUAUGUCAUACAUAAACGUGAAAUUUAUUAACCCUUGAAACCAUAAUCAUUAUGUGUUUGUGAUAAUUGUUGUGUGGUGUGUUCUCUGAACAUUAUCGAUUUAUCUAUACUAUAAUAAAUUAAUUGUUUUAA